GGUUCGGACAACCCAAAAAAGAAAGAACAAACCAAACCAAACCAAAGGCCUCUCUUUCUCUCAUCUCUGAAAUCAAACUCUCUCUCUCUCUCCUCUUUCUCUCUCCUCAGCCAAAAUUGCCACACACUACUACUGCUAUCCACACGUUUCUCUACGCUUUCUCUCUCUACCUUCUUCUUCCACCUCCAUUUCUGCAUCUUCGCACCUCUGGAGGUCCUUACGCGUCUCCAAUUUCAGACCUUUUUGGGGGUUUUUUGGUUGGUUCGGUGUUUUUAGGGUUUGUAUUGUUCUGGUGAAGCAAAGUUGUUUUCUUUUAUUAAUGGGGUGAAGGAAAGUGGGUUUAGGGUGAAGUAUAAUGGAGUGGGAUAGCAAUUCCGAUCUGAGUGCGGAUGAUGAUGAGGAGGAAUUCAUGCUUAACGAUGUUGAUGUUGGUAAAGCUGGUCCUGGACCGAUUCCUUUUCCGGUUGAGAAUCUGCUACAAACGGCUCCUUGUGGUUUUGUUGUUACUGAUGCACUUGAGGUUGACCAUCCAAUUAUUUAUGUUAAUACUGUUUUUGAGAUGGUUACUGGGUACCGUGCUGAAGAAGUGCUUGGUCGAAAUUGUCGUUUCUUGCAGUGUAGAGGUCCAUUUGCUAAAAGAAGGCAUCCUUUGGUGGAGUCUGCAGUUGUUUUUGAAAUCAGAAGAUGUCUUGAGGAAGGCAUUGAAUUCCAAGGUGAGUUAUUAAACUUUAGAAAAGAUGGAUCCCCGUUGAUGAAUAGAUUGCAACUGACACCUAUUUAUGGAGAUGAUGAAACAAUAACUCAUGUGAUUGGCGUCCAAUUCUUUACGGAGGCCAACAUUGAUUUGGGUCCAGUGCCAAGUUCAUCGCUCAAGAUGUCUGCAAAAUCUUCCGAGCGGUUUCGUUCUAAUCUUUCCACUUUCCGCCCUAUUCCUUCCGGGGACCGAAAUAUUUGUCGUGGGUUUUGUGGAAUAUUACAGUUGAGUGAUGAAGUACUGGCCCUCAAGAUACUUUCAAGAUUGACUCCCAGAGAUAUUGCAUCUGUUGGGUCUGUGUGUAGACGACUCUAUGAUUUGACAAGGAAUGAGGAUCUUUGGAGAAUGGUUUGCCAAAAUGCUUGGGGUAGUGAGACGACUAGUGUUCUUGAAACAGUGCCUGGUGCAAAGAGAUUAGGGUGGGGUCGACUAGCACGGGAAUUGACAACUCUUGAAGCAGCAACAUGGAGAAAAGUGACUGUUGGAGGUGGGGUUGAACCAUCACGUUGUAACUUUAGUGCUUGUGCAGUUGGGAAUCGUGUUGUCCUUUUUGGUGGGGAAGGAGUUAAUAUGCAGCCAAUGAAUGACACGUUUGUGUUGGAUCUGAAUGCAAGCAACCCCGAGUGGCAGCAUGUCCAAGUGAGCUCUCCUCCUCCAGGUCGUUGGGGUCAUACGCUUUCUUGUGUGAAUGGGUCUAAUUUAGUGGUAUUUGGAGGUUGUGGAACACAGGGCUUGCUAAAUGAUGUUUUUGUGUUGGAUUUGGAUGCCAAACCUCCAACUUGGCGUGAAAUAUCCGGAUUGGCUCCACCACUACCAAGAUCAUGGCACAGUUCUUGCACCCUUGAUGGAACCAAGUUGAUUGUUUCUGGUGGCUGUGCAGAUUCUGGGGUACUUCUGAGUGACACGUUUCUACUUGAUCUCUCAAUGGAGAAACCCAUAUGGAGAGAAAUACCAGCAGCAUGGACACCUCCUUCUCGGUUGGGUCACACACUGUCUGUAUAUGGUGGUAGAAAAAUUUUAAUGUUUGGAGGUCUUGCCAAGAGCGGGCCACUUAGAUUUCGUUCCAGUGAUGUGUUUACAAUGGAUCUAAGUGAGGAGGAACCAUGCUGGAGAUGUGUCACUGGAAGUGGAAUGCCUGGUGCUGGAAAUCCAGGGGGCAUUGCUCCUCCUCCUAGACUUGAUCAUGUGGCUGUGAGCCUCCCGGGUGGCAGGAUCCUAAUCUUCGGUGGGUCAGUUGCUGGUCUUCACUCCGCCUCACAACUUUAUCUCCUUGAUCCAACAGAUGAGAAGCCCACAUGGAGAAUACUUAACGUACCUGGGCGGCCACCAAGAUUUGCUUGGGGGCAUAGUACUUGUGUAGUUGGAGGAACAAGAGCUAUAGUCCUUGGUGGACAAACCGGAGAGGAAUGGAUGUUAAGUGAGCUCCAUGAGCUUUCCUUAGCAAGCUCUGCCAUCUGAUUCAAAGGAUUCACAAUAAGUUGUAACAAAGUGGUCACUGCAUUCAACGACAAGGUGUUAGAUCUCUCCGAAGAAUCAGUUGGCAGAGAAUCUUGUAUCGGUCGCUAAUAACUCUCUUGACGAUGAUAUCUUACUCGAGUCAGAACUUGUUUUCUUGGUACGACCAUUGUGCAAAUUCUUUUUGUACCGGAUAAUUGUUCUGGCUCGAGAGAUGGACUUUUAACUUGUUUCGAGAGUGACUUGUGACCGAUCAGUCUUUGUUUUUUGUGAGGUUUGUGUGAAAACUCUGCCCCCCCUUUACUCACAAUUAAUUGUUCCCUCCUUGUCAGGUUAGUAGUUUAUGGUAUAGACAGGUAGUUUUUAUAUGUAGGCUUAUUUUCUUACUUAUUGUGUCCCAUAUGUUGCUUUAAUUCAGGUUCUGUAAUUUGAACCAAAGGAGAAAAAGAAAAAAAAACCCGAAAAAAAAAACCAGAGGCAUGUUUAUAUUGACAAUACUGCUAGUCUUCUCUCUUUUUCUAUUUGUAAUGAAAACUAGUUCAGCUCUUCUUCACUCCUCAAAAACAUGUCUCACUCAGCUCAAAAAGGAUUUUUGUAGCAAAGAUGGCGAGGCAGGACCGAAGAAGCCGCCCACCCCCUUAUUCUGCAUUUUCGUGGUGGUGCUUGUUCUUCGUCCGAAUAAAAAAAAAAAUUCUUAAUGAUAGUUAAAUUGGGAAAGAAAGAAAAAAAGUAACAAGGAAAAAAGAAAUAUUUUAUUUUAAUUUCA